CUGGCCUGUGAUUGCUGUGAAUGGAGAGGGUUAGAAAAGUUGAAAUAAACUCUUGAAUGCUCAAUUUUUGUUCAGUUAUCAGUAUCAUAAGAUUGGUGUGGGUUAUUGUGGUUUUGAACAAUUCGCUUUGAUUUACUGAGAUAAACUGUUGUUUAUUAAAUGAUCAGUGAUAAAUUUUGAAGUAUUGGAUCAGAAAUGUCUAACAAUCAUAACGAGAUACGAGUUUGGUGUGAUGGAUGUUACGAUAUGGUUCAUUUUGGUCACGCCAACUCUUUAAGGCAAGCUAAAGCCCUUGGCGACUAUCUGAUCGUUGGAAUUCAUACAGAUGAAGAAAUUACAAGGCACAAGGGACCUCCAGUUUUUACUGAACAGGAAAGGUACAAAAUGGUGAGAGGAAUCAAAUGGGUUGACGAAGUAGUGGAGGGAGCACCUUAUAUCACUACCUUGGAGACAUUGGAUGAAUAUAAUUGUGAUUUUUGUGUUCAUGGAGAUGAUAUCACCAUGACGGCGGACGGGGUUGAUACGUACCAUUUAGUGAAAGCAGCGGGACGAUAUAAGGAGGUGAAACGGACGGCAGGCGUGUCGACGACGGACGUGGUGGGUCGCAUGCUGCUGAUGACACGUCAGCACUUCCGCCGCGGCCCCUGGGAGUAUGAGGUGGAGCGGGAGGGCAGCUCAGCCCUCGGCCAGGAUUCGGCCGCUCGCUCCCCAUGGACCGGCUGCUCUCAGUUCCUGCCCACCACUCAGAAGAUCAUUCAGUUCAGCGAGGGCAAGGAACCCAAGGUCAGUCAUAGACAUGAAGCAAAUGUAAAUAGAAAUUCAUUUAUUGACAUAAACGCAUUUUACAAUGUAUCGUCAACGACAGGACUAUACUAUUCUCCUGGUGACAGAGUGGUGUACGUGGCAGGUGCUUUUGAUGUAUUCCAUGUCGGACACCUUGAUUUCCUUGAAAAGGCUAGAAAACAAGGCGACUUUCUCAUUGUUGGGCUACAUACUGAUCCAGUGGUCAAUAGAUACAAGGGAAGCAACUACCCAAUCAUGAAUUUACAUGAAAGAGUCCUCAGCGUUCUUGCAUGCAAGUAUGUUUCAGAAGUAGUGAUUGGUGCGCCUUACUCAGUGACGGAAGACUUGAUGUCCCAUUUCCACGUGGAUGUGGUGUGCCACGGCCAAACACCAAUCAUGCCCGACACUGAUGGCUCUGAUCCCUACUCUAUACCAAAGAUGUUGAAAAAGUUCAAACUUGUCGAUUCCUUCAAUUCAAUGACUACUGAGAAAAUUGUCGAUAGAAUCAUCAGGCAUAGGUUGGAAUUCGAAGCACGUAACUUGAAAAAGGAGGAGAAGGAGCUAGCUAUUCAUGAAGCAAUGAAGAAAUGCAAACUUACAGCCGAGUCCUAGUGAGUGCUGAAUCGUUCCGCUAUCCGCUUCACCCCACAUUCCAUUGUUCUAGCUACGCUUCAUUGCUUGGACGUUGGACGCCAGUCGCCGGUCGCCGCUACCUAUUUAUUACACAACAUCUAUCUCACUAGUCUCCGAUUCAAAGGCUAUGUAUGCAUAGGACAACAUGUCGUCAGGUGAAUAACAUCCGAGGAUCAUGAUGUCACAGACUUUAAAUGUUCACCCAUGCAACGGGGCUACUAUAUAUUCCAUGCCCCAUAUUCAUGUCACGCGCGACAUUCAUAAAACUAUUUAUUAUAGAAUCUAGGCUAUUUCGCAGUCAAGCCAUGCUUCAUCAUACUCAAAUAAUUAGUCAAUAAUAUUCGGCUCAAAUUAAAUUGUUUGUAGAUAUUUACAAUGCAGUACAGUAUGUUAGGUGUUUUUAUGUAUCCAUAACAAUAUUAUUGGUAAAAUAGAAUAUAAAAUUGAAACAAUAUUCAUAUCGAGUGCAAUAUUGCAUAUAGUUUUAGAUAAAAGAGGAUUAAAUAAUUUGGAGUGCAAAUUGCUUGCAUGUUUCGGUUAUAUAAUGUUAAUAUCUAUUAUAAUGCAAUCAUUGAAUUAUUUUUAAUGGAAGAAUGACACCAAAUUUUAUACACAUCACAUGGAAAAUUAUUUACACAUCACGAUUUUGAGGAGAUUUAAAUCUCAAACUUAUGUUAUCUAGAUAAUGAAAUUAAUUUCAAGCAGGUGCUUGGGAAUGAAUGUUGAUAAACACCAUUGAAUUAUUCAACUGUUACUAAUCUAUUAAUGAUUUACAAUUAAUAACAUUGAUGAAAACAGAAAUUCAAUAUGCUUUAUUCUUCGCUUUGUUCAUAAAAAAAUUGUAAUUAUCAUGGAUAGGAAUCAUAUAUCAUUACUAUUUAAUAUUUUGGUCAAAAAGCACCAUUUCUAUAUAACUACAGUAAAAAUCCCUAACUAAUAGACCGGAUAUUAUAAUCAACAGUCACUGUACUUUGAAAUAGCCUAUGUGAUUAUUGGAUCAAGCACCAAUGUCGCCGUAAGAAAGAUAUUAUUUAUGAGUUAGUUUUAGUUGAAUUUACAUAUUAUUUCUAGGCUAGAGGUGUACAUCGAAUUUGAUUUUAAUAGCUGUUAUUUUAGUGUGUGCUAAUUGUACAAUGUAUUCCGUUUUCAAUUUAUUAUGAAAUUCUCUUGUUAUCAUGUUACCAAUGUUAUUAUUUCUGCGUUGUCAAUUGAAAAUUGUAGUUUAUCAUCAAAGUAUGAAGCCAUAGUCGAUUGGAUUGAUUUUUAUUGAGUUGAUACCAAAGUAAUUUGAAAAUAUUAUCUUUUGAGUGCAGCCUAUAUAUUAUAACGAUAGUUGGUCAGCUAGAGAUUUCUUUUGUAGUAUUUGAAAUAGUUAUUUCCACCCAAAAAUUAAGUUCUAGGUUAGUUUUGGAUUGAAUAUCAUAUUUUUGUAUCUAUUUAUUAUCGUGGAUUAGCAAAAAAUUAUUCAAUCAAAACGUCUAAAUUUUCAAUAUACAAAAAUCAAAUGUGAGAAUUUAUACUUUAAAUGUUCUAAAUUAUUAUUGUAUUGUUAUGUUUGAUUAUAUAUUUGUUUUCCUUUAAA